UGCUCGUGCUCGUCAUUCACAGUGUAGACAGGCUGUCCUGGUGGAGCUAACUAGCUUCCCAACUCCUUUCUCCUCUGCUAAACUUUGUUUGGAAAGUCAUCGGAAUCGCGACAAAUGGAUAAGUCAUCGAGGAGUUUGGCUCAUAAAAUAAUCCUAAACUGGGAAAGCUGGUUGAUUUAGAUUUAAAGGGGGAAAAAAAGUUGUGAGUGAAGUCGUCGACAAAAAGAAUCCGGAUACGCGUCGCUUUCGUUAUUACGCUUCCAGAUCCAAAAUGUCCGUCAGUAGCCACGAAAACCGAAAGUCUCGCUCCAGCUCGGGCUCAAUGAACAUCCACCUCUUCCAUAAGACGUCGCACGCCGACAGCCUUCUGACCCAGCUCAACCUGCUUCGCAAGCGUAAGGUCUUCACCGAUGUGGUCCUGAAGGCAGGAAACCAGGCCUUCCCCUGCCACCGGGCGGUCCUGGCCUCCUGCAGUCGCUACUUUGAGGCCAUGUUCAGCGGCGGACUGAGGGAGAGCCGCGACGCCGAAGUCAACUUCCACGAUUCUCUGCAUCCCGAGGUGCUGGAGCUGCUGCUGGACUAUGCUUACUCGGCCCGGGUCAUCAUCAAUGAGGAAAAUGCAGAGUCCCUCCUGGAGGCUGGUGACAUGCUCCAGUUCCAUGACAUCAGGGACGCGGCGGCAGAGUUUCUGGAAAAGAACUUGCACCAGUCCAACUGUCUGGGGAUGAUGCUGCUGUCAGACGCUCACCAAUGCCAGAGACUGUACGAGCUGUCGUGGAGGAUGUGCUUGGCCAACUUCGCCACCCUCUACAAAACCGAGGACUUCCUGAACCUCCCCCGAGACAAAGUGCGCGAGCUGAUUCUCAGCGAGGAGCUGGAGGUUGAGGAUGAGAGCCUGGUGUACGAGGCCGUCAUUGACUGGGUCAAAGCCGACAUGGAGCAGCGGCACAGCGAGCUGCCCGAGCUGCUGCGCUGCGUCCGCCUGGCGCUUCUGCCGGAGACGUACCUGCUCAACAACGUGGCGUCGGAGGAGUUGGUCAUGUGUCACAAGGUGGGCCGGGAGAUCGUGGAGGAUGCUGUGCGCUGCAAGAUGAGGAUCCUGCAGAACGAUGGCAUCGUGACGGGAUUCUGCGCCCGGCCCAGGAAGGUCAGCCAAGCCUUGCUGCUGCUUGGCGGGCAAACCUUCAUGUGCGACAAAGUCUAUGUGAUUGACAACAAGACCAAAGAGAUCACCCCCAAAACGGACAUCCCCAGCCCCAGAAAGGAGUGCAGUGCCUGCGCCAUUGGCUGCAAGGUUUAUGUCACUGGGGGGCGUGGCUCUGAGAACGGCGCCUCCAAAGAUGUCUGGGUCUACGACACUUUGCAUGACGAGUGGUCCAAAGCGGCGCCCAUGUUGGUUGCCAGAUUCGGACACGGGUCAGCGGAGCUGGACCACAUCCUGUACGUCGUGGGCGGACACACUUCCCUGGCGGGAUCCUUCCCUGCCUCCCCGUCCGUGUCUCUCAAACAGGUGGAGCAGUACGACCCUCAAAGCAAUAAAUGGACGCUUGUGGCGCCGCUCAGAGAAGGCGUGAGCAACGCCGCUGUCGUCGGUGCCAAAAACAAGCUGUUUGCCUUUGGAGGCACCAGUGUCAACAGAGACAAAUACCCCAAGGUUCAGUGCUUCGACCCGUGCCAGAACCGGUGGUCCGUCCCGGCGGCAUGCCCGCAGCUUUGGCGCUACACGGCGGCGGCGGUGGUCGGGAACCACGUGGUUGUGAUCGGGGGCGACACUGAGUUCUCCGCCAGCUCCGCGUACCGCUUCAACAGUGAAACGUACCAGUGGUCCAAGUUCGGCGACGUGACGGCCAAACGGAUCAGCUGUCACGCGGUGGCGUCGGGAAACAGACUGUACGUCGUCGGGGGGUACUUUGGGGCUCAGAGGUGUAAGACGCUGGACUGCUAUGACCCGUCGUCGGACUCUUGGGACAGCGUGACCAGCGUUCCCUACUCGCUCAUUCCCACCGCCUUCGUCAGUACAUGGAAGUACCUGUCAGCCUAGAGACAUGUGGACGCCUUGAGCUUCCCACGAUGGUGACCACGGCGACCGGGAUGAUUGUUCCCUGCUGGUAUUCCUGAUAUCCUUGGCCUUUGGACUUGACUCCAUUCCUGGAAAGUAAAAGACUGAAAGAGCGUCUUCUGCGCCCUUUUUCCCCCCCGCAGGAUGUGUUUACUCGCUGUGUCUUUUUGUGUGUCUUUCCCAUGCCCCCCCCAUUGGAAGAGGCACAAGAAGGAGGGAUCCUUAACUUAUUGAGCGCAGUGGGACCCGUUUAAGACCACCAACUCAUGUCCUCGGCUGGGCUCAUUUCUAUGAAAAGCUAAGCAGCACCAAACCACGAUUCCAGCACUUCCUGUUCAGUGCAAAGUAAGCUUCAGAGUAAAAGCAUCGUAGUCCAAACCUGGAUUCCUCUCACAUAAGCUAACUCAGUUUCAUACAUUUCAUUUUUUGGUGACAAAAAUAACAGCAGUACUUUGGUUCUCGUCAAGAAUUUUUCUUAAAAUAUUAUGAAAAAAAUUGUAGUGUAAUUAGUUUUUUUUUAGACUUUUGUUCAUGGGUAUUUUCGUAUUAAAUCGGGUUUCUCACCUUAGUUACCAAAUUGCUGGGACUGUCUUUGGCUCCAUGGCAGGUCAUUUCUCAUUCAGUUAAAAAAUGAAUUCAGUAGUGCUUCUCGCCCUCUUUGGAUUGCUUGCACUCACAAUUUUCCUUGGCCCCAUGGGGUGUUAUUUAGCAGUCACAUUCAGUACAAAAUAAGUACAAAAUGUGUUAUUUCCUGAAUUCAGUCGUGUUUCUGACACUUUUUAUGAAAUCGCUGACACUGGCAGCUUUCUUUGGCCCCAUGGCCGGUCGUUGUAGGAGUGGCAUUCAGUAGAAAAAAGGCGACACGGAGUACCAGCAACGACAAUGACAAGCUGCUCCUUGGACUUAAAAGGGUUCCACUGUAUUUGCAUCGAACUGCUGACUGAAUCCAUCAGCGUUUUGCUGUGGAAGCAAAGAAGAAUUCUUUUUUUUGUGCUCGGAGCGCCGUUCUUCGACUAUUUGGACGCAUCUUGGUCCUCCUGAAGUCAUGAAAUAAGCUGGCAAGAGCGAGAGAAGAGGUUUUGGUGUGCUCGUCUCAGGGUUGUGUAUAUUUUUCUACUGGUUUUGAAUCAUGUUCUCUUUGUAUGAAUGUAUCCUUUCCUGACAAAAGGUUUUUCUGUUGUUGUUUAGAGAAGACAUUUCAAAGUGUUCUUCCUGUCACGGGCAGUCGGACUGAAAACACCAACACUGCCAAAACCUGACUUUUAAAAAAAACAUCUUAUUUAUAGCUACUGUAUGCGUCACUGGGCAUCUUACAAUAGAUUUCAGUAUCCACUGAAAUCUAUUUUCUUAAUAAGAAUCCUAGUUUUUUUAUUUGUAUUUGCACAGUCUUCAUUGUCUUAACUUUAAAUCUUUGUCUUAACCCUUUGUUUGGUCGUCUCAAAUCUGUUUUCUAACUUAAUUUUGAUGAGCGUCUGUUACCUCCUAAAUA